UAUAAAAGUGGAGAUUUUUAUUAUUCCUUUUAAAGGCAGGAUCACCAUCGUUAGAAAUAAAGAAGACAGAGUUCCUUCAACAAGACAGUGUCCUUCAGGGUCACCUUUCACUCGCUUGCUUUGAUUGAAAUACACUUAAUUCUUGACUUUACAACUAAAAACAUAGAGCGGUUUCACGUUCUACAAAUACUUCCGCUUUCCAGGUUAUGGACAUUCGGAAGUAAUUCUGGAUUUCAGAAAAUCUUCUAUCCUUUUUUACAGUAAUGUUUUAGCCCCGCCCUACUUGUAUUUUCCCGUCCGGGUUGAGACUCUCAUUGCAUGUUAUUAAGCAUGGCUGCUGUGUAUCGUAGCACGGGUUUGGGAGUUGUGCUACGGGCAACGGGAGCAUUUAUAUGGAAACCGUCUGCUGGAACCUGUAAUGAGGCUUCUCGGUUAAUACAUACCAGUAUCACAGUACAGAGGAAAAAUGUUGCAGCCCCAGGACGUGAACAGUACACAGAGGCUUUUAUUAAAAAACAGAUUGAAGAGUUCAACAUUGGAAAGAGACAUUUAGCCAACAUGAUGGGAGAGGAUCCAGAGACGUUUACCCAAGAGGAUAUUGAUAGAUCCAUUGCAUACCUUUUUCCUUCUGGCUUAUUUGAUAAGAGAGCACGGCCAAUUAUGAAGCAUCCUGAAGAAAUUUUUCCAAAACAGAGAGCAAUUCAGUGUGGAGAAGAUGGGCGUCCGUUCCACUUUCUGUUUUACACUGGCAAGCAGGCCUAUUACUCAUUAAUGCACGACGUUUAUGCUAAAUAUCUCUCCAUUCAGAAUCAUGAAGAGCAGCUGAAGAAUAAAGGUUUAUUCUUAGAAAAUAUGAAACAGAUAAACCUGAUUGGCAGUAGAUGGUUGAUUAAAGAAGAAUUGGAGGAUAUGUUGGUAGAAAAGGUGUCAGACCAAGAUUACGUCCUCUUUAUACAGAUGAUGGAACGUUUAGUGAAUCUACCGUGCUGCAACAUUGAGGAGGAAUAUGUGCUUACGUUUUGCAAAAAGCUUGAAGUCCAGUCCAAUAAACAGGUGGUCAAUCCUCUGCAGUAUGAUGAGAGCGGUGUAGCAUACAGCACGGGAGAAGGUAAAAGGAAAACAGCUCAAGCUACAGUUGUUUUGCGAGACAACGGAAGUGGAAACAUAUUGGUAAAUGGAGUGGAUUACCUGGAAUAUUUCUCAGUACUGCAAGACAGGGAGCAAUUGAUGUUUCCAUUCCAGUUCCUCGACCGGCUUGGUCAACAUGACAUGGAGUGCACUGUGACUGGAGGAGGAAGGUCCUCGCAGGCCGGAGCUAUCCGUCUGGCUUCCUCUAGAGCUUUGCUUAGCUUUGCCUCUGAGAAAGAUGUGGAAUCCAUGAGACAAGCUGGACUGCUCACACUAGACCCCCGUGUAAAAGAGCGCAAAAAGCCUGGACAAGAGGGAGCUCGCAGAAAGUUUACAUGGAAGAAACGUUGAAACUCCACAGACUGAAAGAAGCACACAUGUAGCCUAAAGCCGCUAUGAUGUACCAUACUUUGCAUACACAGAAUUUUGAUAAUAAAUAUUUAAUACUAAAAGGA